CAGUAUUCAUAAACGGAGACCAACGUUAGUUUAUAUUUGCAUUUGUAUUUUUAAUAUUAUUUAAAUUCUAGUUUAUUGAACUCAUUUGGCAGCUCUUUAGUUUUAUUGCAAUGAUGAUUUACUACAAAUUUGGCGUCUUAUUAAUUUGCUUUGUCCUGUAUUUUGCUAUAUCGAAAACAAAAGCGCAAGUAUUAGAAUUAGAUGAAGGAGAUAUAUGUAAACGAAGUCGUGAACCUACGCAGCCUCACUCCGUUUGCCGGCGACUUAAAGAUUGUGGUGUCGUGCACGAACAACUCAAGAAGAAUAUUUAUCCUCGGAUUUGCUCGUAUUCCGUACUCGACCUAGUGGUAUGUUGUCCGUAUCCGUUAAAAAAAGUCAACACUACAAAAGUAACACAACCGCCAGUUAAAAGUAGCCCAGGAAAGUCGAAUUCCGCCAUUAGAAAGUGUAGUGAAUACAAAAACCUGCCUUUUGAUUUACUGUCAUUGGGUUAUCACGAGGAAAACACGGAUAAGGACAAAAACUUGAACGAAGUGUACUUCAAGGAGUUUCCACACAUGGCUUUGAUAGGUUACGGAGAAACGAAAAGUGCAAUCACUUGGGAUUGCGGUGGUUCCCUGAUCAGCAACAGAUGGAUACUGUCUUCGGCGCUUUGCGAGAAAAUAGGCCGAUCAAACAAUUUUGCGCGGUGGGUUUUGCUGGGUUUGAUAAACACCGAUUGGAUCGACGGCGAAGACCUGAAGACCAAUUUGUAUGAAAUCGAAAAGCGUGUUGUGCACAAAAACUAUCGAUCGACAUCCAUAUACAACGACAUUGCUCUGUUUCGUUUGAACCGAGACGUGGAAUUUUCAGAGACUAUACGACCAGUAUGUCUCAAUGUCGAUCCUCUGUUCAAACCCUCGACGGUGACGGCCACGGGAUGGAGUCCAAACACAACAGUAGACGGACGCGGAACGAAGAGAGUUAAAAUUUUGCAAAAAACCACUUUAAACACUAUAUCGGACAGCGAGUGUAAUAGUAUUUACGCAAAUGACGAAAACCAACAGUUAGUGUUGAAGAUAUCAGAUGAAAGUCAGAUUUGUACAAAAUACGUCGAAGACACUUGUAUAUCCGAUACUGGAGGACCACUGCAAGUGAAAAAUGCUGGUGGCGAUUACACCACAUACACGCAAGUGGGCGUGACUUCGUUCGGAAAAACGUGUGGUUACAAGGACGUACCCAGUGUAUAUACUAGAGUGUCAGCAUAUAUUUCCUGGAUCGAAGAAAACGUUUGGAAAUAAUUAAAGUACUUAAAAGUUCGUUUUGUCACAAGAAUUAGUGUACUUAUUUUUUUUUAAACCGUUAAAAUGAAUUAAAAGUAAAUUUAUACUGUA